AGAGAGAGAGAUAGAUAGAUCAGAGCAGACGCUGGCUCGGUGGUGAUCAUACUGACUGCCAUGCUUUGAAAUAUGUGAUAGAGGAGCAAUAAUACAGAGGUUUCAACCAAAUGUCAGCUGGAAGGAAUCUGCGGUUCUCCCCUGAUAUGGAAUACAAGUCUUCUCAGAGGGAAACAGCUUCAUCUCUUCGGCCCUCGUGUCAGGCUUUAUGCUGAUGGUACCGGUUUGAAAAUACCAGGAGGGGCUUUUUGGAGUGAUUGUCACUCUGGACCCUGCUGUCACAGCACACAGGACACCAGGGGGAUUUGGGAUUUGAAGGGUCAAAAAAGAGCAAUAGAUAACUGACAGCUACAUCCAAUACACAGUUCUGUGUUUUAUCCAAGUACCAUUCGAUAUUGAGACCCAUCUAGCUGGUUUUUCAGUUUCCUGAGUGGACUUCAUCAACUAUCCAAAAAGAAAGUUAAACUUUGGAGAAUUUUCAAUUUUUUCUUCACCAUAGCAUGUGUGCUUUUAUCUCAAGUUGUCCGAAGUGACAUUUCUUUAAAGUAAAAUCAAUCUAAGAAAUUAAACAGAGUAUUCCAGAUCCAGUCAUGCAUCCCAGGUUACUCCUCCCGCACCUCCCCGUCCUCCUCGUCCUCCUCCUGCUGAUGUGGGGGCCGAUGGAGUCCGUGAGCCAGAAUGACACAGAGCCCAUCAUCCUGGAGGGGAAAUGUUUGGUCGUAUGCGACUCCACUCCUUCCUCCGAGCCCUCUGGUAACGCUCUAGGCAUGUCGGUCCGCUCCGGCUCGGGCAGGGUCGCCUUCUCUGCCAGCCGUCAGACCAACCACGAGCCCACAGACAUGAGCAACCGCACCAUGAUCAUCUACUUUGAUAACAUUUUGGUGAACGUGGGAACCCAUUUUGACCAAGAGAGCAGCGUCUUCCUGGCACCGAGAAGAGGCGUCUACAGCUUCAACUUCCAUGUUGUAAAGGCUUACAACAGACAAACUAUUCAGGUCAGUCUGAUGCUGAAUGGCUGGCCAAUGAUUUCAGCAUUCGCCGGGGACCAGGACGUGACCAGAGAAGCAGCCACUAACGCCGGCCUGGUGAUCAUGGAGAAGGGGGACAAAGCCUACCUGAGACUGGAGAGAGGGAACCUGAUGGGAGGCUGGAAGUACUCCACCUUCUCUGGGUUCCUUGUCUUCCCCUUGUGAGGAAAAGUUGGAGGG